AUGUCACCAACUGUCACCACCUUUCACCAACUGUCACCAACUGUCACCACCUGUCAACACCUGUCACCAACUGUCACCAUCUGUCACUACCUGUCACCAUCUGUCACUACCUGUCACCAACUGUUGACACCACCUGUCACCAACUGUCAACACCUGUCACCAACUAUUAGAUUAAAAUCAGGAUUAAUUUGGGGUCAAUUUGUAUGGCAGGUACCUGAAAUAUUGAAGGCUCUAGUCAGCCCAAAAGAACGUCAAUUUUGUACAGCAAUAAAAAUAAAAAUACAUUACGCAGCUCUUCAAAACAAACAAAAGGAAACUUUCAGUCAACAAGACUUGCUUUUGACAUGA